GGUCCAGUCCUUAAAAUGUCAAACUGGGACUUACCCAGGAGACUGUGGCGGCGGCGGCAGAGGCGGCAGCAGCAGGAGUUGCUGUGCCUAGGGCUCGGGCUCCCCGGCUCCCGCCAUUGCAGAGCGGGCUUGAGAGCAGUGCUAAGGCAGGCGGCCUUGCGGCCCGAGACCCAGCGUCUCUCCGGCGCGGAAGAGAGCCUGCUGAAAAUGACUGAAUAUAAGCUUGUGGUAGUUGGAGCUGGUGGUGUAGGCAAGAGUGCCUUGACAAUACAGCUAAUUCAGAAUCACUUUGUAGAUGAGUAUGAUCCUACGAUAGAGGAUUCCUACAGGAAACAAGUAGUAAUUGAUGGAGAGACCUGUCUCUUGGAUAUUCUCGACACAGCAGGUCAAGAGGAAUACAGUGCAAUGAGGGACCAGUACAUGAGGACUGGGGAGGGCUUUUUAUGUGUAUUUGCCAUAAAUAAUACUAAAUCAUUUGAAGAUAUUCACCAUUAUAGAGAACAAAUACAAAGAGUUAAAGAUUCUGAAGAUGUACCCAUGGUUCUCGUAGGAAAUAAAUGUGAUUUACCUUCCAGAACAGUAGAUACAAAACAAGCUCAGGACUUAGCAAGAAGUUAUGGAAUUCCUUUCAUUGAAACAUCAGCAAAAACAAGACAGGGUGUUGAUGAUGCCUUCUACACAUUAGUUCGUGAAAUUCGAAAACAUAAAGAAAAGAUGAGCAAAGAUGGUAAAAAGAAGAAAAAGAAGUCAAAGACAAAGUGUAUAAUUAUGUAAAUAAAAUUUGUACUUUUUUCUCAAAGCA